AUGGAUCUGUGCACCUUGCGAAACGUGGAUACCGUAUUGAUAACGAACGGUCGAUUGUACAUCUCGCACGAACGAUACAUGUGGUCAAUCGAUAUAGACGGGAAAACGUACAAGAAACCCUUGCUAUUGACGGACUACAUGAAAUUUCUUCCUAAGAAUUUCACGCGUCUGACGGCCGCGUAUCAGACGCCCUCGGGCAAUAUCAUGCUGUUCGCGAGCAAUAUGAGCUACAUGAUCACUUAUCCGCGUCUAACGCUAGUUUCAACUUGGCCAAGAUCUUACACAGAUCUCAGAAUUCCCGAUACCGCCAGGAAGGUCAACGCCGUGCUGAACACGAACGAAAGACGAACCUUCGUUAUAUACGACGAUAAUGUUGUGGGCGAGAUAGACGAUUGUUCGAUGAAUAUCGUUAAGUACUACCACAUCGACAUGAUAUUUCCGGGAAUACCUCACAGCGUAUCGUCGGCCUUUCGAUACAUAGACGGUAAUCUGUACUUUAUCAGUAAAAACCGAUUCUACAGAUUCAACAAAUUUACGAAAACCGUAACGGUAUCCGGCAAAUUUGAUCUUAGGAUCUUCGGUAUUACCUGCCCGAGACAGGGACUGAUGAUGCAACUGCGAGAUCUAUUGAGUCGAUUCGUUCGAAUUGACGCGAGGGAGACGUCGAAUAGAGAAGAGGAAGAAUAG